AUGCGUCGCUCCUCCCGUGUCCAGGCCGCCGUCCCGUGCCACAUCAAGACCGAGAGCUCACGUACCACCAGCUCGUGCGCUGCCUUGUGCUCGUCGCCUGCAGGGACUCGGCCCCUGAAAGCUCCAGUUCCAGUGGAGAAGUGCCAGAAGGGUCCGGACUGGACGCCUCUGUGCAGCACGCGCGUGCUGUCGUGCGCCCUCACGCUGGAAUCCGGACAAGUGUUUGCGUGGCAGAGACAUCCGAGACAGGCGGCUACGUGGUUAGGGGUACUCAAUCGUCGGGUCUUUGCUCUGCAGGAACGGGACCACGUUGUGCACUUUCGAUGUCUCCAUCCGGCAGACGUGGCCAUUGCAGACGGUGCUGGUGAGCUAUCGCACUACUUUCGACUGGAUAUGGAUGCCGAGCUGUUGUACGACCGAUGGACAGCGAGAGCGGAUCGGAUGUCGGCGAGUAUCUCGAGACUACGGGGACUGCGGAUCGUGCGGCAAGAUCCGGUCGAGUGCUUGUUUGCGUUCAUCUGCUCGUCGAACAACAACAUUGCCCGAAUUCAGACAAUGGUGGAUAAGCUGAGAGCCACGUAUGGAGACUUGAUCUACGAAGGAGACGGGUACUGUCUGUACGCGUUUCCUCCGGUUGACACGCUGGCUGUCAAGUGUGAAGAAACGACGCUGCGAGCUCUUGGCUUUGGCUAUCGAGCGGCUUUUGUCGUCAAGACCGCAAAACAGUUGCAGGAACUGGGCGGUGCUUCGUAUCUCCACAGCAUUCGCGAUGAAAAGGUCGUGCACUUGAACGAGGAGCAAGAGCUCAAGCCACAGCUGUCGAGAACGAGACACAAGGAGCCGAGUGGUGCACUGCAAGGCGACAUAACGACAUCGUAUCACGCGUAUCAAGACGACCUGAUGGUGUUUGCCGGUGUCGGAAGGAAAGUCGCCGACUGCGUGGCGCUUUUCUCGCUCGAAAAGUUGGAAGCCAUUCCGGUCGACACGCACGUGUGGCAGAUUGCAUGUCGCGAACUCGACGCGACGCUCAGUGACCGAAAAAGUAUCACACCAAGUGUAUACCGCAUGGUGGGCGAUCUCUUCCGAACACGAUUUGCCCCUCAAGCUGGCUGGGCGCACAGCAUCUUGUUUGCAGGCGACCUCACAGCGUUCAAGCCCGAGCUUUUAGGGACAUCGCCGAGACCGCCUCAAGUCAAACGCAAGUUCCAAAACACGACCUCCCAAGUCCCAUCCACCCACAAAAAGAACCACAACAAAAAACACACAUCGCCACAAAAGCACCCACCCAAGUCCACCACACAAGCAGCAGCAGCAGCAGCAGCACCAGCAACAGGCAUCCCACUACCCAAUCAAGAAAGCGACAACACGCGUCCACUAUAG